ACAACGACCACCAUGGCAUCCUAUGACAGCGAUCCGUUCUACCUCAGGUACUACACCGGCCAUUCCGGUAAACACGGCCACGAGUUCCUCGAGUUCGAGUACUCACAUGGUCGUCUGCGCUAUGCCAACAACUCCAACUACCGAAACGACAGUCUGAUUCGCAAAGAAAUGUGGGUAGGGCCUUUAGUGGUCAAGGAGCUCAAACGUAUAGUCGAGUCGAGUGAAAUAACAAAGGAAGACGAUACAAAUUGGCCGAAAAAGAACAUUGUUGGGAAACAGGAGCUUGAAAUUCGGAUAGGCAACGAUCAUAUCGCAUUUGAGACUGCAAAGAUCGGGUCGUUGGUUGAGAUCCAGGAUAGCGAAGACCCCGAAGGUCUUCGUGUGUUCUACUAUCUUGUCCAGGAUCUUAGAUGCUUUAUCUUCUCUCUCAUCAGCCUUCACUUCAAGAUCAAACCCAUUUAAAACUCACGCGUCUCGGGCUUUCGGCUUCUUUUACACCAUCUGCUGUACUUGAGUCACUUUGUGAGCAAAGGUAGACUAGUUACAGUACGAUUCGCUCAAAACGUAUUUGAUUGCGCAAGAAAGCAUUGUACUCUGUUUACAAGAUCGUAGAAAUCUACUUCAUGUUCUGCGAAAGGGAUCAUUUUGUGGUACAUAGCGAUGGAGCUUCCACUCCCAAGUCGCUGGCAGUGGCACAUCUGUUAAGACAUUUCUCAAGCAAUCGACUACGGUCAAAUAUCGUACACUCCCCGACACCAGCAUACCAACCUUUAGAGCACCGUGACCCUCGCCAUCGUAGAA